UCCUUCAAUUUGUGACUAUUAACUUUUCCGCCCUCAUUUCUCCAUCAACAAUAAACAUUAACCCUUGUUUCUCCGCUGCAAACUUUUAGGAAUCUCCUCCCUCUCUCUCUCUCGCACACACCCGCAGAGCUUCCUCUCUUUCCUCUCGAUCUUUUCUUGCUUUAAAAUCUGUGUCGUAUGAUCUUCAAAAGCUGGGGGUUUUGCUGACUGCUGACGCUAUUCGCUCCAGAACCUCAAAAAACCCUGUCUUGAUUCAGUUUAGGUCUUACAGAUCUAUUAUCAUUCAAUAUGUUUUGGAAGCUCACUAAUCUGUCUUGUUCGCCGGUUGAAGCAGUGUUAGACAAGGAAAACUUCACAUUGGAAGAGCUUCUCGACGAAGAAGAGAUAAUCCAAGAAUGCAAAGCUUUGAACAGCCGUCUGAUAAAUUUUUUGAGAGAUAGAGCUCAGGUUGAGCAGUUGCUGCGAUACAUUGUUGAAGAGCCGUCUGAGGAUGCUGAUAGCAAUUGGAAAUUUAAGUUUCCUUUCAUCGCAUGUGAGAUAUUCACUUGUGAAAUCGAUGUCAUCCUUAAAACUCUAGUGGAUGAGGAAGAGCUAAUGGAUUUGCUCUUUUCUUUCUUGGAGCCCAACCGUCCUCAUAGCGCAUUGCUUGCUGGGUAUUUUAGCAAGGUUGUAGUGUGCCUCAUGUUGCGGAAGACAAUUCCACUGAUGAAUUAUGUUCAGGCCCAUCAUGAUGUAUUCCGUCAGAUGGUGGAUUUGAUUGGUAUUACAUCCAUUAUGGAGGUUUUGGUGCGACUUGUAGGCGCUGAUAUUUACCCCAAUACUAAGGAUGUCAUGCAAUGGUUGGCUGACAGCAAUUUAUUAGAAAUGAUUGUGGAUAAAUUGAGCCCCUCUAGUUUUCCAGAAGAACAUGCUAAUGCAGCAGAGAGUCUAUGCACAAUAACCCGAAAUGCACCAUCUCCUCUUGCUACUAAACUAUCAAGCCCAAGUUUUGUAGCAAGGAUAUUUGGUCAUGCCCUUGAAGACUCGCAUUCGAAGUCUGCCCUUGUCCAUUCAUUAUCUGUAUGCAUAUCUUUGUUGGAUCCUAAAAGAUCAAUUCCAUCUCCUAUGAUGUAUACUUACCGCUGCCAGUACGUUUAUGAGUCAUCCGUGCAUGUCAAUCCUGAGACUAUCAGUGCAAUGCUGCCCAAACUCGGCAACUUGCUAAAGCUGUUGAACAUAUCAUCUGAUGACAAGAUUCUUCCUACAACGUAUGGUGAACUCAGGCCACCUCUAGGGAAGCAUCGGUUAAAGAUUGUGGAAUUUAUCUCUGUUCUACUAAAAACCGGCAAUGAAGCUGCAGAAGAAGAAUUGAUCAGCUCUGGGACAAUUGAGAGAGUCCUGGAUCUCUUUUUUGAGUACCCAUAUAACAAUGCAUUGCAUCAUCAUGUGGAGAGUAUAAUAAACUCAUGCUUGGAAAGCGGAAACAAUAUUCUUGUCGAUCAUCUUUUUGAAGAGUGUAAUUUUCUUGGAAAAAUUCUUCAAACAGAUCAACAGCCCACAGUUUCUGGCGAUGGAAGUCAGGUUGAUCUUAGAGAACCCACAUUUUCUGCUACCGGUAAACGAGCACCCCGAGUGGGUAACAUAGGACAUAUAACACGGAUUUCUAACAAACUUGCUCAGUUGGAAAGCAAUGACAAUCGCAUUCGAGCACAUCUUGAGAAAAAUAUGGAAUGGAGUGAUUGGCACACUAACAUCUUACAGGAGCGUAAUACAAUCGAAAAUGUCUAUCGAUGGGCAUGUGGCCGGCCAACUGCAUUUCAAGAUAGGACAAAGGACAGCGACGAGGAAGAUGCUCAUAGCAGAGAUUAUGACGUAGCAGCUUUAGCAAAUAAUCUGAGCCAAGCAUUCCAAUACUCCAUAUAUGAUAAUAAUGGUGCCGAAGAGGGUCAUGGAGCUCUUGAUCGGGACGAUGAGGAUGUUUACUUAGAUGAGGAGUCUGCUGAAGUUGUUCUGAGAUUGGGAGAUGACCAAGGGAGCAAUUUGUUCACAAAUUCAGAUUGGUUUGCUUUCCGAGAUGAUAGAACUGGAGAUCCCAAGAGCACCUCACCUACUGAGGUCAUGGAAGAUAUCAACCCUAAUGGAAACGGCGGUAACAUGAAUUGUGAUGAAGAGGUGGUAGUUGGAGAGCUGGAUGAAUUGGUUGAAAGCAAAAGUUCUACAGAUGGAACAGCCAGUUCUAGUUCAAAUGCCUUUAAUGGAUUUGGUGGAGCCAAUUCUGCUAAUGGUGGAGAUUUCAAUCAACAGAAUGAGAAAGCAGGUGUGUCAGGUGAUGUGGGUUUCUUCCAUUUCGAGAGGUCAGACAAUGAUGACCCGUUUGGAGACAGGCCUAUACCUGAAUGGGUUUCGUGGGGGGAUGCCUCAGUGGGUGGAUCUGUGAAUCCUUUUGAAGAUAAUGGUGACUGUAAUGACAACCUCGUGAACUCAGGGGAGGCAUCAGCUCCCCCAAUUAGUUCCACUCGUAAUGGUGGAGAGUCUAUUCCAAAUGGUGUAUCGUCAUUUCCCGAGUCUAGCAAAAGUUCAUCUGUUUCUGAUUCUAGUCAGAAAGCAGCCGCUGUGCCUUCUUUGUUUGAAGAGGAUGUUGAAUUUGUUGGUGUAGAAUUAGAGGGUACUGAAAAGGCAAUGGAACAUGCUCUUAAGGAGGGGAUUGUUGGGGAAGCAGCUCCAUUGAAGAGGAGCCUAGUUCCUAAGAUGUCAGAAAAAGAUAGUACAGAUGAGGGCGGGUCAGGGGUAAAAGAGUUCAAUGAUUCUAACUAUUGGAGAGUCGACCAAGAAGUCGCGGUACUGGAGUAACUGUGCAGUUCUGUUGAUCAUUAUCUGAAUAUGGAAUUCAGAGCUGAUGGGCAGGAUACCCAUUCUCAGUUGGUGAGGUUAUACAGAUAUGUACAGUGUAUUUUUUGUUUCAGUUGGGAUCAAACAAAAGGAUAACAUAUUGGUUGUUAGUGAUUAUUUAUUGUUAAACUAUGUUUACUGUUCAGGUUUUCUUUUCAUUAAGUUAAAAUUUUGGUUUUUAUCGCAUA